AUGGUGGCAUGGGAAAGAAACUGAAAUAAGGGGAGGGCAGGGUGUAUUUUUUUUAUUUUGAAAAAAUAUUUGCUAAUGGUCUUAUUUUGUAAUAGCUCAACAGGAGGACUUAAUUUUGGAACUCUGGGCUCUUCCACUGCUACGGCAACUACAUCAGCUCCGUCAGUAGGCUUCGGGAGUAGCCUUUUUGGAUCAAAAUCAACCACUGGCUUUACACUAGGAGGCACCAGUACAGGAACAGCAACAACUAUUGCUACAGGACUGACACUAGGUACACCUGCCACCACAUCAACAGCUACCACAGGCUUUAGUUUAGGUUUCAACAAACCUGCGGGUUCGGCCACGCCAUUUGCUUUACCUGUUACUUCUACCUCAGCGGGUGGCCUGUCAUUGUCAUCUGCUCUUACAUCGACUCCUGCAGCAGGAACUACUGGCUUUACAUUAAAUUUGGGUGGUACGACUGCUCCAACUACAACUGCCUCCACAGGCCUUUCCUUAGGAGGAGCCUUAGCAGGUUUAGGAGGUUCACUCUUCCAGAAUACAAGCACCGCAGCAACAGGGCUUGGGCAGAAUGCUUUGGGUUUGACUCUGGGUACAACUGCGACUCCUUCAACUACUGCCAGUGAAGGUCUUGGUGGCAUUGAUUUUAGUAGUUCUUCAGACAAAAAGAGUGACAAAACAGGCACAAGACCAGAAGAUAGCAAAGCACUAAAGGAUGAAAAUCUACCUCCAGUAAUCUGUCAAGAUGUAGAAAAUCUACAGAAAUUUGUGAAAGAACAAAAACAAGUUCAGGAAGAAAUUAGUAGAAUGUCCUCUAAAGCAAUGCUUAAAGUACAAGAAGACAUUAAAGCUUUGAAACAACUUCUGUCUGUAGUUGCUAGUGGAUUACAGAGAAACACUCUUAAUAUUGACAAGCUGAAAGUGGAAACUGCACAGGAGCUAAAGAAUGCAGAAAUAGCUUUACGAACACAGAAAACUCCUCCUGGUCUCCAGCAUGAAAAUACAGCCCCAGCAGACUACUUCAGAAUCUUGGUUGAACAGUUUGAAGUACAGCUGCAGCAAUACAGGCAACAAAUAGAAGAACUGGAAAAUCAUCUUGCUACUCAAGCAAAUAACUCACACAUAACUCCACAAGAUUUGUCUAUGGCAAUGCAGAAAAUCUAUCAAACAUUUGUAGCUUUAGCUGCACAACUUCAAUCAAUACAUGAAAAUGUAAAGAUGCUCAAAGACCAAUACCUUGGCUACAGGAAAACCUUUCUGGGAGAUGCCAUGGAUGUGUUUGAGGCAAGACGAACAGAAGCUAAGAAGUGGCAGAGCGCGCCACGUGUUACCACUGGACCGACCCCUUUCAGCAACAUACCAAAUGCAGCAGCCGUUGCGAUGGCUGCAACACUUACUCAGCAGCAACAGCCUGCUACAGGGCCACAGCCAUCUCUGGGAGUUAGUUUUGGAACGCCAUUCGGCUCAGGUAUUGGCACUGGCUUGCAAUCAAGUGGCUUAGGUUCUUCAAGCCUUGGAGGAUUUGGAAGUAGCUCUGCCUUCGGAAGUGGUGCCACAGGAGCAUCAUCAUUCGGGUUCGGAACUUCAAGUAAACCAUCAGGAAGUCUAAGUGCAGGCUUUGGCAGCUCGACUACAUCUGGGUUUAACUUCAGCAAUCCCGGCAUCACAGCAUCAGCUGGCCUGACAUUCGGGGUAUCUAAUCCUGCAUCUGCAGGCUUUGGGACAGGAGGGCAGCUUCUUCAGCUGAAGAAACCUCCAGCUGGAAACAAGCGAGGGAAAAGAUAGGCACCCCUAAUGGGAAGGGGAAGUGAAUCAACUUUGUUCAUCUGAAAAGUCUAUUUUUCUAGAUUGAUGCAUUGAUUCAAUUGCAUCCCAGGAGAUUUAUAAAAGUUUUGCUACUUUUCCCUAGUCUGAAAUACAAAAUGAAAUCAUAUUGAACAGCUAUUUUCUUGUGAAUAGAAACUCGUUUAUGUAUUUUUAUUUUUAGCCCUAGUUUUAGAAAUGUUCUAUACUGCAUUAUUAUUAAAGAAUCUUGUAAAACCAUCUAUUUAACCUAAUGUUAGUAGCAGAAUAUUUUUUGUUAAUAAGCUUUAUACCAUAAGAAUAUAUGCAUAUUUGGUUUUUUGUACAGAUAAAAUAUAUUCUAGUACAAAUACUAGAGUUCAUAUCUUCUGUUCCUGGAUAUGGCCUUUAAAUCUACUUCAGGGUGUUUUUGUGUAUAUGGAUGUAAAUAUAUACAGUACAGUGCACACAUCUGUGUGUAUAUGUAUGUGUAUAUAUAUGUAUAAAAUACAGAUGUGCAAACCUU